AUGCCAAGAGCUAGAGUCAAACUUGCACUGAUAGAUAGUGAGAGAGCUAGGAAAGCAAGCUUUAACAACAGAAAGGAUGGUCUUAUGAAGAAAGUGAGCGAACUUCAAACCUUGUGUGAUGUGCAUGUUUGUAUCGUUAUCUAUGAUCGGGGCAGUAACGAGCCAUUUGUGUGGCCUAACCGCCCAAAAGUGGAGGAACUGAUCAAGAGAUACCUGAGACUACCAGGUUUUAUGCGACUUAAGAAGGCGCUAUGCCAAGAGAGGUACCUCAAGGAGAAGGUUGAAAAAAUGCAAGAGAAGAACAACAUAAUUCUUAGAUCGAACACUGCGAAGGAGAUGGUAGAACUCAUGCACCAAAACCAAAAUGGUAAGCCGAUUUAUGAACUUGACCUUUAUCAAACAUAUGCUUUGCUUUACUUUUUGGAAGCAAAGAUGAAAGAGAUCCAGAUCCAGAUCGCUUUCUUUGAACAAGCCAGUGCUCAAAGUGAAACUGCCAAUAAGUUGGGGGUGCCCAUGGGGAAUUCUAUGGAGUGGCCAUACAAAAUUCUUGGAGUGGACAAUGAUAGAUGUGGUAAUGGAAAUGAGCUGGGGUUUCAGAUGCUGCACCAAGGUUAUGUGAACAAGGAUGAUGCCCGCGGCUUGCCGCGGUUUUUUGCAAUGUUGUCUGUGUUAAUGGAGCACAACAGUAUGAUUCAUUAUAUAUUUUCUUACCAGCUGGAAGGACAAUAUAUAUAA